CAUAAAUCAUUGAGAUUCUGACGGCUAAACUCAAAAUUUAAAAACGAUAAUACAAAUAUAGCAAAAAUGAUGGGUUUAAACGUCACAGAUUCUGCAAUUCACCUCUCCACCGGUGGAUUCGCGGUGAAAUCCGGCUUCAAUGGCGACAAGAUGCCGCCUUUACCGCAGAAGCCCCGAAACAGAGUUGAUUUCAGCGGCAUCCGAAGCUCGCGCGACGCGAUCCGCUCGCUGCGGGAGCUCGCCGCGAUAUCUCCGGAGCCCUCCAUCCGCGUAUACAACAAUCUGCUGAGCGACAUCGCCAAGAAGGAGCUUUACUCGGUUGCACUCCACGUGUUCGACGAAAUGCGCCAGUUGGGCGUCGCGGCGGAUUGGUACACGAUGAACAUCGUUGUCAACUGCUGCUGCCUCCUGAAGCGAGUGGACGUCGGAUUCUCCGUUCUCAGCGUCUUCAUCAAGAACGGAUACGUCCCCAAUGGAACGACGUUCAACACUCUGCUUAAAGGGUUGUUCCUCGCCGGCGAGAUUGGCGAGGCGGAGCUUCUCUUCAAGAAGAUUCUGAGCUUCAAGCUAUGUGAGAUCAACGAUGUCAUGAUUUUGACCGUUGUGAACGGGCUGUCGAAGGCCGGGAAGCCGCUCACUGCGCGUGAUCUGCUUCUGGCGUUGGACGAAGCUGGGUACGAGCCUAAUGUUCGAGCUUACAACACUGUGAUUGAUGGCUUGUCGAAGCGUGGGAUGGUUGAUGACUCUCUGCUUCUGCUGUCGCAUAUGGUGGAGAAGGGCGUCUCCCCUAGCGUGGUUACUUGUAAUGCGUUGAUAGAUGGAUAUUGCUCGCGGGGGGAGAUGGCUAGAGCCACAGAGCUCUUCGAUACAAUGGCGAAGACGGGGAUCAAGCACGAUAUAUUCACGUAUAGUAGUUUGAUUAAGGGAUACUGCAAGAAGGGGAGCCUUGAUGAAGCGUGGCGUUUCUUUGAUGAGAUCCCGCGCGUUGGCCUCAAGCACUCGACUGUUUCGUACUCCACCAUGAUGCAGGGGCUGAUACGCGAGGGUAGGUUUGAAGACGGAUGGAAGCUUUACAAAGAUAUGGAAGCUCAGAAGCUACAUCCAAAUCUCCACACCUACAACAUCUUGUUGGAUGGCAUGUGCAGGAGUGAUCGGAUUGAUGAGGCGCUCGAGUUUCUGAGGGUGGUGGAGGAGGAGAAAGGUGCCACUCCUAAUGUAGUAACGUAUGGUGUUCUGAUCAACGGCCUGUGCAAGUGCGGGAGACUGGAUGAAGCUAGGAGACUCUUCGACCAGCUCCCCUCCAAGGGGUUGCGUCCAAACACGGCUAUCUACAACAUGAUGCUCGACUCCCUCUACCAGCAAGGCCGGAGAGGGGAGGCGAGGAGGUUGAUGGAGGAGAUGGAGAGGAGCGGCUGCCGGCCUGAUGGCGUGACAUACAACAUGGCAGUGUGGAAUCUGAUGAAGAGGAAUGAGGUACGAGAGGCGAUUCCAUUCUUGGAGGAGAUGUGUAGGAGAGGAUUCGAGGCUCAUCCAGCUAACAUGUCUGUUUUGCUUCAUGAAUUAAGAGGAGAAGAAGUUAAAGAUGAGAAAUUGCAAGACAUUAUUAAGAAAGUUUGUGCUAAGAUUGACAAGUAAAUGUUCUAUUUUAUGGGGUUUGAAUACUUUAGUGAAAUUACAUUUGAUUCUUUAUAA